UGCAUGCCUCUGAGGAAAUUCUGUUGUGGAAAAGAAAAUGGCUUCAUCUGAAGAACGCCACAUUUCCUUAAAUAUCUGGUUCAGUCGUUAGAAUAUCUUAAGAGAUGGGCCUAGAAUUCUAUGGGCAUCGAGUGUUGACUAAUUGUUGGGAAUGGUAUGGAAACCAGUAGUGAGGAGAGGAAAUUGGGAUGGGUUAAAGUCUUCUGAAAGCUGGCGAGAUAGCUUGACUAUUCGCCAGAAAUUUCCUCUUCUCACUACAAGGCGGCUUGGCACAAGAGGCCAUUCAAAAUAUCACUAUUAUGGAAUUGGCAUUAAAGAAAGCAGUGCCUAUUACCACUCUGUAUAUUCUGGGAAAGGUUUGACAAGGUUUUCCGGAAGCAAAUUGAAGAAUGAGGGUGGAUUCACUCGGAAAUAUUCCUUAAGCUCCAAAACUGGGACUCUCCUCCCAGAAUUCCCGAGUGCUCAGCAUCUUGUGCUGGAUAGGUCUCUCUCUAAAGACAAGGUGGAUACCCUUAUCAUGAUGUACAAAACACAUUGUCAGUGUGUCCUCGACAAUGCCAUUAAUGGGAAUUUUGAGGAGAUCCAACAUUUCCUGUUACAUUUUUGGCAAGGAAUGCCUGACCACCUUCUUCCCCUGCUUGAAAACCCUGUUACCAUUGACAUUUUCUGUGUCUGUGACUCAAUACUAUACAAGGUCCUUACAGAUGUACUCAUCCCUUCAACAAUGCAAGAAAUGCCAGAAAGCUUGUUGGCUGAUAUAAGAAAUUUUGCUAAAAACUGGGAACACUGGAUCAUUUCAUCACUAGAAAAUCUCCCGGAAGAUCUUGCGACAAAGAAAUUGCCAAUAGCACGAAGAUUUGUAUCUUCUCUGAAGCGACAGACUUCCUUUUUGCACUUAGCCCAGAUUGCUCGACCAGCUCUUUUUGAUCAGCAUAUAGUGAAUGCCAUGGUAGCUGAUAUUGAUAAAGUAGAUCUGCACAACAUUGGGUCUCAGGCCCUGCUCACGGGCUCUGGAAGCAUGGAUUCUGAUGGGGAAGGCUACAGUGAAUAUGACUCUAUUACAGUGUUCCAAGAACUGAAGGACCUCUUAAAGAAGAAUGCCACUGUGGAGUCAUUUAUUGAAUGGCUGGAUACUGUGGUUGAGCAAAGGGUUGUCAAGUCGAGCAAGCAGAAUGGACGGUCACUAAAGAAGAGGGCACAAGACUUCCUUCUCAAGUGGAGCUUUUUUGGAGCCCGAGUAAUGCAUAAUCUCACUUUGAACAACGCCUCAAGUUUUGGUUCAUUUCAUCUGAUCCGCAUGCUUUUAGAUGAAUACAUCUUGCUUGCCAUGGAGACCCAGUUCAACAAUGACAAAGAACAAGAACUUCAGAAUUUAUUGGACAAAUAUAUGAAGAAUCUAGAUGCGAGCAAAGCCGCUUUUACUGCAUCCCCAAGCUCGUGUUUCCUAGCCAAUCGCAACAAGGUUGAUACAACAUCUAGUGAUGCUUCAGUGAAAAAUGAAUGUCUUGUGGAGCAGCAAGGCUACUUCCCUUUGUCAGUCAAUCAACACAGUGGCACACCUUCUGCUCUGAACCUACUCCCCCCUGGGAAUAAUGAGAACAUGCAGCUGACAGCUCAAAUGGAGCUUCCUCAGAGUGCUGCCCAUCUCAUGACUCCACCCAUUUCUCCAGCCAUGAUCAGCCGAGGAAGCGUAAUCAACCAGGGACCGAUGGCCGGGAGGCCCCCGAGUGCAGAUCCACCGUUGUCUGUGCACUCCCACUGUUCUUCAUAUUCAGAGCCCCUUUACCAGGCUCUGCCACAAACUAAUCAAAACUUCUAUGGAAUCAGUGCCAAUUACCCAGCUGUCUUCAGGACGCAGAGUCAGCCGUCUUCUGGCGUCUAUCAAUACCGGACAGAACCCAGCCACUUUAUGAGCACAGAUGAGCAGCAGCGCUUCCCCAGAAACUACUUCAGUAGCAGCUGUGCUGUGUCUCCAUACAGUGCUAGGACAAACUAUGGACCCUCUUCGACUGUGCCAGAGACACACGGCAUGCAGUUUUUGAACAGCGGAGGCUACAACUUCAUGAACAAUUCUGCAGCAAAUUCUUGCCAAGCAUCUCCAUAUUCCUCAACUGCUUCCAAUGGGUUUUAUGGGAAUACUAUAAAUUAUACAGAGUCACACAGACUUGGGUCGAUGGUAGAUCAGCAUGUUUCUGUCAUCAGCAGCAUAAGCAGCAUUCGACCUCUGCCUCCAUACAGUGAUGUUCACGAUCCACUCAGCAUCUUAGAGGACACUGGAAGGAAACAAGGAGCAUCGUACUUCCCAGAUGCUUCAAUACCAUGCCCGAACCCAAUAAGUUCAGAUAUGCAGGCCGUUAUAUCUGCCCCCUCCUCCCAAUGCAUGUAUGGGCACCCUAGACAGUGUCCUUCUCAGGAAACAGUGGACUCUUCUGGACAAGACAAUAGUGAGAUGUUGUCAUCUUUACCACCGAUCAACACUGUCUUCAUGGGAACUGCUGGUGUGGGUGGCACCUGAGUUACAGAAGUAACUACAGUACAUUUUCUUCUAACGUACUUUCCAUUCUCCUGUGCAGUACUUGGUGGCUAACACACAAUCUCCUCUAGCAACGUGGACUGGAAAAUCAGGGGCAGGGGGAAACACACCACACCUUUAUUGGACCAUUAAAAUUUCACAUACAGUCUAGCUCUUGUGUCCUGCAAAACUCUUCAUUGGACUGGACAUUUCAGAGUUUGGCCCAUGGGAUGAAACAGAACAUUUCCAAAAUAAACAUGGCUAAAUUUUGAGACCAGGCUGUCUGUUUAAAGUUAGUUCCAAAAUGAAUCAGCUUGAGAUUUCCACAAGGACUACAUGGAUUGUUUUCUUUUCUUUUCUUGGCUGAACCAUGGAAAAUAUCCUAAAUGGCUACCUAUGGCCGUAUCUACAACCAGAGUGCAGGGCUGCAUCAAACAGGAAAUAUCUUACUCCAGCCACUGUGCAAUAAAUAGUCUCAGUUUUGUUGAACUUGACUGUGUCUUUUCCUGGUGGGUAAAAUAAAUGUAACAUCAAACUUCUAUAAUAUGGGACUUGUCAUGUUUCUUUCCACCUUAGUUCCCAGUCAAACAGAAGCUACAUGCUUUGAUAUUAUGAAGAGGCUGCAUAGCAAGCAACCCUCUGUCUGCAAGUCAAGGAAACCAGAAUGCCCCAAAGUAAGACAUGCUACCUCGAGCUGAUUCUAAAGGGCUGCAGACUAACAUUAAUCAAGCAAGCCUGGCUUCAGUGUGCACCCAAGAUUAUUUGGAGGCACUCUUCUGUCCCUCCCCCCCAACGCUGUGUAAUGCUCAAUUUGAUAUCACCCAACUUUUUUUUUUGAAUUUUGCACAAGAACCACACAACUUUUUUUCAUUUUGAUAAAAUGGAAGAGUAUUUGCACAGUUACCUGGGACAAAUUCCCACUGAAUCAAAUAGGAUGAACUUAGAUUAAAUCAAUGUCAGGCUGCAUUGUUUGGAGUUGUCUUUUUCUCUUCUUUUUUGAGCUACUGAAACCCUCUAUUGUCUGCCAUCCCAACUGGCAGUACAACUAGUAUGGCUGCACUUCAGAGCAAGAAAAAAUAAUGCCGGAUUCUUAUGGGUUGCAGAGGAAUCAUUUUUCCGAUGUCUACUUGCUGAAAGCCAUUCUGCCUCUCCUACAUACCUGUUUUGUUUUAUAAAAACAAAGAAUUAUUUAAUAGAUGUGAUUAUCUUUAUUUAUUCAAACUGCAGAGUCGUUUACUUGCAUUUCUGUCUACCUGAUUGUCAAAAACAUGUAUUCUACCUCUAUGGAAAUGUUUACAAGGUUGUUGGUUUUUUUAAUUGUUUCAAGCCAAUCUUAUA